CCCCGGCGCGGAAGGCUUCCAAACUUUGGAGGAAGGCCGUUGGUCGCCAAGCCUGCCUCCCAUUGGCCGCUUCCGGCCGUGAUUGACGCGGCGCUGGCCAACGGCGGCGCGGCACCGUUUCCGCGCGCUGUUUGGGACGGUUACGGGGCGCUGAACGGCGGAGGCUGAGGGGGGAGAGACCCGCCGGUUGGCAAGCAAUCCGGCUCGGUAGGGAAGAUGGCCGGCGGCGGCGGAGGAGGAGCAGGAGGCGGCUGCUUCUACCCGCGAACGACGAAUCCGAGCCUCGAGUCGCCGCCUCUCCUCAGCCUGAGGCGAAGGUCGAAGCAGCAAGGGCCGGAGGAGGCGGUGACUCUUGAGCGAGUGUUGGGAAUAACUGCUCAAACCAGCAAUGGCUUAACUUGUGACCCAAACUCAGGACAGGUUGCAUAUCCAACAGGGUGUGUGGUUGUGAUUUUCAGUCCUCAGAAGAACAAACAAAGGCACAUCUUUAAUACGGCCAGGAAAACUGUGACCGCUUUGUCUUUCUCUCCCGAUGGGAAAUACGUGGCCACUGGAGAGAAUGGGCAUCAGCCGGCCGUCCGAGUCUGGGAUGUAGAGGAGAGGUCCCAGGUAUCUGAACUUCACGGCCACAAGCACGGCGUGGCCUGCGUGGCCUUCUCUCCCAGUAUGAAAUACCUUGUGUCAGUCGGGUAUCCUCACGACAUGAAAGUGAACGUGUGGGAUUGGAAGAGCGAUACACUCAUCGCUUCCAACAAAGUCUCUUGCAAAGUUAUGGCCCUCUCCUUCUCAGAGGACAGCUAUUUCGUGACCGUCGGGCACCGCCAUGUCAAGUUCUGGUUUUUGGAUGGCUCCAGAGAAAUUAAGAUCAAGGAGACGGUUCCACUGGUGGGUCGCUCCGGACUCCUCGGGGAGCUCCACAACAACACCUUCUGUGACGUGGCGUGUGGCCAGGGCAAAAUGGCUGGCAGCACCUUCUGCAUUUCGCACUCGGGGCUGCUUUGCCUCUUCAAUGAGAAGCGCAUCCUGGAGAAAUGGAUCGAUCUGAAGGUGACGCUGGCCAAUUGCAUUUGUGUCAGCGAAGAAUUCAUUUUCUGUGGCUGUGCUAACGGAACUGUGCGCCUCUUCCAAGCACACAACUUGCAUUACCUCUCGGAUUUGCCCAAGCCCCACCACCUGGGCACCGAUGUGGCUACCGAGCCCAUCCUGAGAAAGCCAGAUGCCUCCUUCCCAGAUGCUAUUGCUGUCGUCUUCGACCCUCGACGUCACUGGCUCUCCUGUGUGUACAAGGAUCACAGCGUGUACAUUUGGGAUGUGAAGGACAUCGGCCACGUCAGGAAAGUGUGGUCUGAUCUCUUCCACAGCUCCUUUGUCUGGAACGUGGAGGUGUAUCCUGAGUUCGAAGCCCAUCAAGGCUGUUUGCCUGCAGGGUCCUUUCUAACGUGUUCCUCAGACAGCACUAUACGGUUUUGGAACUUGGAAAACAGCACGCAUGGACCUUUCAAGAAGAACGUCUACAGCGACAACUUACUGAAGGUGGUGUACAUGGAAAAGGGGACUCAGUAUUUGCAAGAUGCAACUAAUUUGCCGGACCGAAACGACAACGUCGGCUACCUGGACGUAAAAUCCGGCGUCCGAGUGAUGCAGAUCAGCCCUGAUGGCCAGCACUUGGCUUCUGGGGACAGAACCGGGAAUCUGAGGAUACACGAGCUGAAAUUCAUGGCGGAAGUGAUGAAAUUUGAAGCCCACGAUUCGGAAGUCCUCUGCUUAGAAUAUUCCAAGCCAGAAACAGGCCUGGCGCUCUUGGCUUCAGCGAGUCGUGAUCGGCUGAUUCACGUACUGAACGUGGGAAGCGAUUAUAAACUAGAGCAGACUUUGGACGACCAUUCCUCGGCUAUAACGGCGGUCAAGUUCACUGGAAAUAACUGCAUUCAGAUGAUUAGCUGUGGAGCUGACAAAAGCAUCUAUUUUCGCAGCGCGCAAAAGGUCGGAGGUGGCAUUAAUUUUAUCCGGUCUCACCACGUGGCUGAGAAGACCACGCUGUACGACAUGGACGUGGAUAUAACUCAGAAAUACGUGGCUGUGGCCUGCCAGGACAGAAAUGUCAGGAUAUACAACACGGCCAGCGGGAAGCAGAAGGGCUGCUACAAAGGGGCCCACAGUGACGAUGGAUCCCUGCUCAAGGUCCAGUUUGAUCCUUCUGGAACAUUCCUGGCCACUAGUUGCUCAGAUAAAAGCAUUUCCAUCAUCGACUUCCGCUCUGGAGAAUGUGUGGCCAAAAUGUUUGGGCACUCAGAGGUCAUCACGGGGAUGAAAUUUACCUUUGACUGCAAACACCUGAUCACCGUCUCAGGAGACAGUUGCAUCUUCGUGUGGCGCCUGAGCCCUGAAAUUACCGCUUGCAUGAAGCAGCACUUGAGGGAACUGGAACAGAUCCAGGAGCAGCAGGAGGUUGGAGACUCUGCGUGGCCUCCCCGGAUCAGGGUGGAAAUGUUUGAAAGGGUCCCCCACCGGGAUAUGGUUGAUUUUGACCUGGAGGAGGAGGAGGAGGAAGAGGAGGAGGAGGAGGAAGAGGAGGGAGAAGAGGAAGAAUUAGCUCAGCAGACUCCAGUUAAAGAUGACCUCCAUCCAGGUACAGCUGGGGACAAGAAACCUCCCCCAGAAAUCCACCCCGAGGUGAAAGGAAGCCUCGAGGCCAAAACAUCCAGUGUUUCAGAAAUUCAGGCUCUCGUCAAAAAUUUUGAGGGCAGCUUGCAGUCCCUACACCUCAAAUUUCAAGAGAGUUUGCAACUGUACGAUAAGGUGUUGUCCAGCCCCGGUGGGACCGAGGAGGAGCUCGCCCACGUCCAGCAGAGGCUUUCUAGCACCUUCCGCUGGAUGAAGAGCGAGCUGGCGGCCAGAGAGAGCAAGGGCAAAGCCGACGUAGCCACCGCCACCGACCCCUCGUCCUUCUGGCCGAUCUGCCUCCAGGAGGGCGAGGCCCACGCGCUCCUGAAGCACUACUCUGACUCUCUCCUGAAUGUGGUUCAGAAGAAGCUGGAGGAGGCCCGGAAAACCAGCCUGCCUUGAGGGACCCCCCCCCCCCCCGUUCCUGCCCCUUCCGCACAUUUGCCACGCACAGAUGUCCGUUUCGGUGGGACUCCCAAAGAGCUGAGACCGUGUGACACGAGCACCGAUUCACGUGUUGCCUUUUAGCACUUUGUUCGCAUCCAUAGGAAAAUCUCAAAGGUUCGCCCAGAAACGCUGACAAUGUGAAUGCCUCCUUUUACGGGAAAAGAAAUAAUAAUAAUAAUAAUAAUGUUUUUAUAAGACUGAGGAAAGAGGGAUAAAAUUCAAAAGGGGCGUCUUGAAAUUCUCCUAUGGUUGCUGUUUUAAACUCGGGUUGCAGCACAGCUUUGUAACGGUUUACUCUUUUUUUAAAAAAAGGUU